AUUAUCAAAGCGCAUCAUUCUAGACUGAAAAAGGAUCAUUGUUUGCGUUCGGUUCAGCAGAUUGUACUUUGUAACUCACCACAUUACAGUUGGUUACCCACGUGACCGACUGUUUGAUAUUGCUACAAUUUUGUUACAAAUUAAACAGUCAUACCGAAAAGACACUUGAUUUAAUUAGUGUUUUUGACCAGAGAACAUGUGAACUGAGCAAUAAUUUAUAACAAGUGAAGUAGAAGCUGUACCAGUUUGAUUGCUCGAUUCAAAUCAUAAAACACGUAGGGCUUGCUGGCGAUGUUGUGCAUACUGAUUCGGAGAAUCGAAGAAAUUUACUUUGAUUCAGAUGACUGAAAGUGUUGCUUUGUGACCGCAGUGUUUGAAACCAGCCCGAGUGGAGUUUCCAGGAAAGUGUUGAACCAGAAAAGUGCCAAACAUUAAAAUGGUUCAAGAAAGUAGUAGGCUUUACUACGAACGAUUCACCUUCACCGCCGUCGAGCUCAAUUUGCUGUUCACUAACAUCACAUCGCUUUCGUCGAGCAAUUCAAGCGACAACAUCACGGAUCACACCUCGGAUGUCUCGGUUUUGCCCAACAACGGUUUUGCGACGAAUGGCAUUUUCUAUGUGAACGGAAGUGUCGCCAACCACAACAUUCCAACCGAGCCGGAUGAUGUUCGUGACGCGUUGUGGAUUGUGAUUCCGAUCAGCAUUAUAUAUUCAACCAUCUUCGUGAUUGGGGUCUUGGGAAAUGUGAUAACAUGCUUCGUUAUUUCCAAGAACAAAUCUAUGCACACGGCCACCAACUACUACCUAUUCAGCUUGGCCAUUUCGGAUUUGCUGUUGCUUUUGACAGGUGUACCUCAGGAAUUGUACCUGCUCUGGUUCAGGUACCCGUACCCUUUUGAUAACAACAUUUGCGUACUGCAAGGCUUUGCAGCUGAAACAUCUGCCAAUGCUACUGUGCUAACGAUAACAGCCUUCACAGUGGAGAGGUACGUCGCCAUCUGUAAACCAUUCCGAUCGCAUACCACAUCGAAGCUGUCACGGGCCGUCCGGUAUAUAUUGGCCAUCUGGAUGAUAGCGAUGUGCUUGGCAGUACCGCAGGCUUUGGCACUCGAAAUUGACGAACAAUACAGUAUGUGCACUAUCCGGCGGGACCAACAGCGGCACGUGUUUACCAUUUCGACGGUGAUUGUUUUCGUGUUCCCGAUGUGUGUUCUGACCAUACUGUACAUCCUAAUAGGACUGCAACUCCGCCGGUCGAAGGUAAUGAAAAGAGGAAUCCAACUGGGCAGCAGCAUACGGCUGAAGCACACAAUUUUCAAGAAAAACUCCCAUCGAACGAUUGUUUCCAUCAACUAUCAAAACGAUUCUCCCCAGCACUAUAGUGAAAGUAUGCUCAUGCAGCAACAGCAGCAGGCUCGAAUCUCCUUGCCAGGAAGCAUCAAUGGAAGCGGAAAUAACGUCAGCAAUCUUGGAGGCAACGAUUCCGGGACGCUUCCAGUCGAACGCAGCCUUUUGGCACACAACGCACAUCUGUUGGUGGAACAAACCAACUCACUUACUUCCGAGGACGGGCGAAUCAAUUACUCGAACCGGGUGCAGUACCACAGUACCCGGCAUGUGGUCAAAAUGCUAGUGGCCGUGGUGAUAGCGUUCUUCCUCUGCUGGGCCCCAUUUCACGCCCAGCGACUUUUUGCGGUCUAUGGCGGAGAUCAGAAUCACAAUGAAGCAAUACGUACGGCAUUCGUGAUUGUCACCCACAUCUCGGGAAUUCUCUACUUUGUAUCGACAUGCAUCAAUCCCGUCCUGUACAACAUCAUGAGUCACAAGUUUCGCGAGGCGUUCAAGGAAUGUCUCACAGCGCUCAAGUUCCAUUAACUCGCAAUCGUUAAACACGUGCUCAUCAGUAUGUUGUACAGUCACUCAUCCGCUGCAUCAAACUAGUGCGUUCAAUGAGACAACCACAAUCGCUGCUGCAUCACUUGAAGCUUGCUCAAACCAAAAUCAGAUCCGUUACCGAGAGACAGAUCUAGCAAGAUUGAAACGUCCUCUGGUCGUAUCGUUCCGGAAAAUACCACCAAUGGUAGCAAACUCUUCGUCUGAGGCACGCCAAAUCAGUACCCAUGGGUGCAACACUCAUCGACAAUUUUUCCAUCCGAAUGAGCAACACACCACCAAACUAAGAACUACUUCUGAUGCUGAUUCGUUGUCAUGUCGAAAACAGUGCUAUAUUCAUAAGACAUUACCAAACCACACUCAAACGUAUCGAAGCAAAUCGGCAUCUGAAAACGACUCUAUUCAGAGCCCUUCGAGUUGGGUUCGACAUGGAAAUAGCUUCCGUCCGAUACGCUUCAACAAGCACAGAUGGUGUCCAAUAAAAUAUUUCACCGAGAGCAAAUACUCCCCUCCGGAAAGUAUCGCACCAACUAUUGAAGAUGAGCUCUGUGCCGAAUGUCAGCUCAGGCAAUCUCAGCUUCCUAGAAGACCUUUGAUUUAUCAGCACUCCCCCAAUCGACUGUACUGCAAAUAUGACCUGUACCCUGAUUUGCGGAAUGUCUGUCUCUCGUCUGAGUCGGACCUUGCCGAACCCGUACCUCACGUUGACGACGAAACGGAAGCUGCUCCAUCCUUAAAGCUCUCCCUACAAGACGAUACAACCAGCGAAAAGCUUCCCAUGCUGUCGAAAAUGCUCGAUGAAAAGCUUAUCAUCGUCCAACUACCAACCAAAAGCUUCGCCCGCGAUGAGGAUAGUAAACGACUUGGAAAAGCUCGGCUGCAAAAGCACUCCAAAGAAAAUUAUCCCACAGCAGUCACCCAGCAAUGCAAAGCGCUAAAAGCUUCCGCCAGUAAAUCCCACAGUUUAUCGUCAGUUUAUCAACUAGACAAUAAUUACAGUUGGACCGCACGGAAUGCCAAAAGAGCUUCGUUAUCGUUACAAAAACUACACAGGCGAUCGUAGAUAAGGAUCAUAGUUAAUUUUUAUUUUUAUUGACCCCUAUUUUGUAAGAGAAAUAAGUGUUAGUACAUAUUGUACCAUGUUGCGAAAUGCAAAACAAACACACAAAUGUUAAAUACAAAAGUAUAGCGCCUAGUCAAAAAAAAAAAGGAACGGUAGGGAUAAGGGCUUGGCAUGAAGGACGCUACUGUUGGGGUGUGGAAGCACAAUAGUACGUAUAGUAUCUUAAGUGAUUUAACGUGACAACGCUCUUCAGAAAAAUUAAAAUUUUGUGAUAAAGCAAUGGAGCAUAACGAUUUUUUUAAUAUAGGGAGUUAUAAAUGAAGUAGGAAACAAAUUCACGCUACUUUCUGUAUGGCUUUUGAAAAAUCAAACAAUCCAAGAGAGUAUCCGUGGUUUUUAUCAGUGUGUGGAAAACGAUCUCAGACAUUAUUCACAUUUUUUUCCAGAACUGAAAGCAUGACUAAAAGUUUUGAAAUCUUUCAAAUUCUCUUUUUGUGAUUACUCUGAACUUUUACAAACACUAUGCAGGACAUAAACCCUUCCUCAUUCAAGUACAGUGAGUAAAUUGGAGUCCAGUUUCUCGAUAAAGUAUCGGUUGCACUUGGAGGACUUUGACGGGUUAAAAAGUUUGACGAU